CUCGGCGGUGACAAGAAGACGCAGCCAAGUUCCUUGUCUGCGAAGUUCUCCUCGCUGGGUCCGCAGGACCCCUGCAAGACAGUGUCGAUCUGGUCGUCACGAUGAACGUGGCCCGAAUACUGUGGCUCCUCACCGCAGUCGUCGCAUCGCUACAAUGGGCACACGCUAAUGACGAGUGUGUCGUCGUGACGCCAAAUGUGCUGCGACUCGGAGCCAGAGAAACCGUGGUGGCCAUCGUGAGCGGCCGACCGCAGAGGGUGAGCGUGUCGCUUCAGAGCCACCCGGUGGGACGCGGCGCUUUCUUCGAGACGACGUUCGACGCGGCUCCAGGCUCCCCGGUGACGGCGGAGGUGGCCGUAAAGCCCGACGAUCUGUCCGAGUUGCAGCUGUCUAAGGAAGAGGUGCAGGUGACUCUGACGGUGCAGUGCGGGACACUCUGGAAACGUCAAGUGCGACUCCCCGUGAGUGGAGCUUCGGCUGAUCUACUUUUCCUGCAGACGGACAAGCCUAUCUACCAUCCAGGCUCCGACGUUCACAUCAGGUUCAUCGCUCUAAAUGGAUCACUGCUGCCAGCGUCAACGCCGUUCAAGCUUGAAGUCAGGAAUCCACAAAACGUGGUAUUGGAGGAGAAGGACUUCGUUCCGGACCGAGAACUUAUGCUCAGCCACCAGUUCACGGUGCCAAAACACACUGUCCUCGGAGAAUGGAAGCUGGUUAUGCGUUACGGACACAAGUUUCAGCAAAACACGACCGCUACGUUUGCCGUGGAAAAAUAUGUGCUCCCGCGGUUUUCAGUGCAGUUGAGAACAGUUGACUACAUUCUGCCAGACUUCAACAACAUCACUGUUAAUGUUCGAGCAAAGUUCGUGAACAAAGAAUCCGUCCGGGGCGUCGUUUCCUUCCGGUUUUCUGUCAAGAACGAGCUGGGCGUCGUGGAGGAGAUCGGCACCAGCGGCAUGCCUAAGAUGCUGGAAUACGGCGACGCCGUGUAUAGGCUGGCACGGGACGAAGUGGUCGCCAAGCUUGGCCAGCAGAAGCUGCGCGCUGUCUUCGAGGCGCGCGCCCGUCUCGUGGUAGAGGCGACGGUCAUCGAGGAGGCGACGGGAAUACGGGAGACUUCGCGCAGUGAGCAGGCCGUCUUCUCCACAUCGCCGUUCCUGGUGUCUACGGCACGCAGCGAGAAGAGCUUCAAGCCGGGAGCGAAGUUCUACGUAACGGCGGAUGUGACGUACGCCAACGGUGAGCCCGCCGCGAAUAUUCCGACUAGGCUGACGUGCGCAAAGUGUCACGUGUCGCCUACGACCUACAAUACCGAUAAAAACGGUGUUGUGACUUUCUUCGUCGCCUCAAGGACUAACGACGCGAGAUUCGAAUUCAAGGUGGAAACCGCUGAUCCAAAGUAUGGACAGGAGCAGCAAGCCCGAACCGAAUUCUCAAUGAACCCGUACAGGGACAACUCUGGAAAAUAUAUGGUCAUCGAGAGGAAGGACCCCAAGACGUUGAUCAAGGCUGAAUCAACAUUCGACGCCGUACUGUUCACAUCUGACAAAGUCAAAGUGACGUCAGCCUACUACGUGGUUUUGUCCCGAGGGCGUGUGCUGAAGGCAGGCAAGGUCGCCACGGACCCCAACUUGCUCGACCGCAGAGUGACGUUCACCGUGACGCCGGAAAUGACACCCAGCUUCCGGGUCUUGGUGGUCGGUUUCCUGGACGGACAGCUCGCCACGGACGCCGUUUACGUCAACGCCGAACCAACGUGCACCAAAGGCUCGGAUUUUACGUUGUCGAGGGUGAACCCUCACGAAAUCAUGGAGCCUCACGCCUCUGAGACGUUGGUACUGAAGGGCACGGCCGGGACGCGAGUCGGCCUGCUGGGCGUGGACCAGGCAGUGUACCUGCUGAGACGAAAAGACCUACUCACGCGAAAAAAGGUGUUCGAGUCCAUGGAAGCGAAGGACCUCGGCCGCGGACUGGAUGCUGGCACCGUGGCGCUGCAGGCGCUGGCCAACUCGGGUGUCGCAGUGCUUGCUGCCCCGGGAGCAUACGGCGGAGCAGGGGAUGAUCGACGACGUGCAAAGCGUGACGUUACCUCGAACAUUUUGGAAGGAUUCCAGGACGAGACACUCCGCAACUGCUGCUCGAGCGGCCUCCUCAAGGACCCCUUCCUGCGCCCCUGUGAGCAGCGCGAGGAAGCCCUGCGCAGCUACUUGAUUGCCGGCAGCGCCCUCUACUCGGAAAAAUGCGUCGAAGCAUUCUUCACGUGCUGCAUCCACGUCCAAGACAAUCAAGCCGUCGGAAGAUCGAACGACGAGGUCGCCGACGUGCUAGGCGACAGCGGUUUCGACUUCGGUGGCGAAGCACGGCGGAACUUUAGGGAGACGUGGCUGUUCCACGAAUUGACAAUUGGCGAGGGCCCGCAGACAACCUACGAGGUGUCGCUGCCCGAUACCAUCACAACCUGGGAGCUGAGUGCCGUGAGUGUAGCGCCAUCUGGCGGCAUCUGCGUCCACGACCCGCUGGAGAUUCCAGUCUUCAAGAAGCUGUUCGUCGAAGUGAACCUGCCGUUCUCCGUCAUUCAGAACGAGCAGGUCGAAAUUCCGGUGACGGUGUACAACUACGACAAGAGCGAACGGACGGUUCGGGUGGCGAUGCUUGGGACGAGAGACGUGUGCUCGGGCGCCAAGGAAGGCCAGCCCUCCGCGGUACGCAAGCUCACUGUGCCCAAGGGACAGGGCCGCACGGUGGUGUUCCCCGUGGUGCCUCUGGCUGCCGGUGAAAAAGAGAUCCACGUGGCAGCCGUCAGCGACUCGCACGCCAGGGACUCUGCUAAAGUGACGCUCAGGGUAGAGCCGCCCGGUGUACACAAGCAGGAAAGCUUCAACCUUAUUCUCGACCCAGAAAACACGCAGAAACGGAAAGAGCGACACAUCGUCAGUUCUAAAUACGGGUACACAGAAACGUUUGCUGUCGGAGGCAGGCAGCUCAUCCAGAUUCGGCGGCCACGCAGAUCUCCCCAGGAGGUCGUCCCUGGAUCCGAACGCUGUGAAAUCGACAUCGUCGGCGACGACAUGGGCGUCGCGCUAGAGGCGUCAGUCAAGAGCCCGGAAAGUCUACUACGGAUGCCAUCAGGGUGCGGUGAACAGACCAUGAUCAACCUGGCGCCGACACUGUACGCCUACGAAUAUCUGAAGACGGCAGAUCUCAUUUCUUCCCAGGACGAGGACAGGGCGCUGGGCUUCAUUCGAAGUGGAUAUCAACGCAUGCUAACUUUCCGAAAAUUGGAUGGAUCGUUCGCGGUUUGGCAAGGUCACGCAUCCAGUCUCUGGCUUACAGCCUUCGUGGUGCGAACUCUUUGCGAAGCUCGGAAGUCCGUUCUCAUCGACGAGAACGUCCUCACCAGCGGCCUCCGCUACAUCCUAACCCAACAGCAGCAAGACGGCAGGUUCCACGACAUUUACAAAUUACACCACGGCGACCUGCUGGGUGGCGUGACUGGACCGCUUCCAUUGACGGCAUAUACUCUGCUUACCCUCCAAGAAUGUGCCAAAGAUGGCGUUAAGGUGCCAAGGCUAGAAGAGUCCACUGCGAAAGCUACCGCUUUCAUCGGGAAAGAGCUGGAGCGGGACAAUCCGGCUUACGAAACAUCUCUAGCAGCCUACGCACUUUCUCUCGGUGACAGCCCCGCCAAGAACGACGCAAUCCGCAAGCUUCGCAGCAUUCUGCAACCAGGCCAACAAAGUGUGCCCAGCGCGAUCGUCCGCUUCCUCUUCACUGAACAUACGCAGAAGGUGGCCUGUACGUGUCCGCUGGACAGCGAUCCCCUGUCGGUGCAGGCCACGUCGUACGCGCUCAUGGCGCUGCUCAAAGUCGGUGAGAGCAGGGACACCAUCACUGCCCUCGUGCAAUGGCUCAACCUACGCAUGAACCCCAGCGGUUCGCUUAGCUCCAGUCAGGACACUGUGGUGGCGCUGCAAGCACUGUCCAAGUACGCCAUCUACGCCCGGAACGCAGGCAUCGACUUGAUAUGCGAGGUGACGCUCAGCGGUGACCGGAUGUUUAACCGCACCGUGCGCAUCAAGCGAGACAACGCCCAAGUGCGGAACAGGGUAGAGAUCCCGGAAUUUGAAGACAAGAUUUUCGUGAACGUUAAAGGGUCUGGAACGGCAACCAUGUACUUUGUUACCAACUACGACGUCCCUGUCGGUGCGGACUUCUUGUGCAAGUUCAAGCUAGACAUCGACUUCCGGCAAAAGAAAGUGGAUCUUGCAGAAGCGUUGAAAGGUGUCAAGGACUUCAAGGAGACGUACGCGAUGAAAGUUUGUGCGAGGUCCCUGGAGAAAGAUGUGAGAGGCAUGGCCAUACUAGACGUUGGACUAAUGACAGGCUUUAAGCCUGUUGCAGCCGAUUUGCAAGAGCUCAUCAACAAAAAAAUUGUGGACCAGUAUGAGUUGAGCCAGAGGAGUGUGGUGUUUUACCUGCCAACCAUUCCGGCAGACAAGGAUGUGUGUGUCCAGUUCGGCCUAGAUCAAGAAUUCGCCGUGGGCAAGCUACAGUCGAGCUCCGUUAAGGCCUACGCAUACUACGAUCCCGAUAUAUCGUGCACCAAGUUCUACGCACCAAACAGUACAAGCCCUUUGCUGAAGAUUGAGUGCGACAAUCCAGGCCAAUCUGAUGUGUGCAGGUGCUUGGAGGGCGGUUGCCCACCCCAGAACUUGCUGGAGAUGUUCACAAAAGACGAGAACGAGGUUGUCAUGACAACGGAGUGCCGAGAAAACCUGAGAGAACACGCCUGCGAUGCUGUUGAAUUUGUGUGGCUCGGUAAAGCGCGUGCCAAAAUCCACAAGGACGGUUUUGUCAACGUUCCGUUCUUCAUCACGAAAGUGCUCAAACCGGGCAUCGAGUCAGAGGAAGACCUUGCCAACAACACACGCGUGAUCAAGGCUCGUGACCACUGUGAAUCUUUCCACAUAAAGGAAGGUAGCGAGUACAUCAUCAUGGGCAUGGACGCCAAGUACAAGGUGGAGGAUGCCUUCGGCGAUGAACAAUACGAGUACGUGAUGGACAGCGACUCCAUUGUGAUCGAAGUCCCAUCGACGAAGAACAAGAGAGUGGGAGCACCCGGAAGGCAGAGGAACGCUAACAAGGCGGGAAAGUCACGCGGACGAAAAACGGGAGAAAAUCCGGCAAACGAGCGGUGUGACUGGGAUAAGCUUGUCGCUUGGUUCAUCAACGAAUUCUCCAACGAGACUACGCGCUGCUUCACCUGAGCACUCACUGCUCUAGUACUUUUUUUUUUAUUUCAGGUUGCGUACAGUCAAAGAAGAAUAAACACUACGAACGUUCGA